CCCAGACGCGGCCAUCAAUCAUCGGGGCGGCCCGCGCCAGAUUUGGUAAGCCACGAGCACAGCCACGCGUUUCGGAUCUGCGAUCCUCCAGAGGCAGUGGAGUUCAAACGGCUGACAGCGAAUCCUUCCUCCUUAAUAACCCCCGCCAUUAGCUUUGUAAACGACUAUACGAGAUUUCAUUUCAUCACUGGACACAGAUUCCAGAGCGAGCAGACACGAGACCCCGACCCAGCUUGAGGAGGCUAAGAACGCCCGAUGCAAAAGCGAAGACCUCACAAUAAGUCGAGGAAUGGGUGUCGGAACUGCAAAAAAAGACAUGUGAAGUGUGAUGAGGAAGGCCCUCCCUGCGGCAAUUGUUUCGUCCGAGGCCUGGAAGACUGCUCAUUCCCAACGCCCCCGUCAAUAUCAUCGCAGGAUGGGUCGUCAGCUGGAGCGCAAAGCGCAUUCAGUGGUCUCUCGCCAGAGGCGAUGCAGAAAUUCGAGCUCGAACUACUGCAUCGCUGGUCAACGUCUACAUACCAGAGCCUCUGCACAAUCCCCGAAGAUCAACACUGGAUCCAAGUGGGCAUUCCGCGGUGGGGUCUCAAGCAUGAAUUCUUGCUCAAUGGUGUGUUUUGCCUUUCGGCCUUUGAAAUCGCCUUGUGCGGUGGCGCUGUGUUAGAGGACGACCCGAAGGUCUACGUCAAGCUGGCGUUGGAAUACUACGACAGGGCGAGUAGGUUGUACCGAACAGAGCUCAACAGAAUCACCCCGGAAAACAUCAAGUCCGUGUACGUCUUCUCGUCCAUAGCCGUGCUGAUCAACAUGGCAAUACCCCAAUGCGAAAGCAUGGCUGGUGACGAUGCGCCCCAGAGCAUCAUGGUCCGCAUGAUGGCCCUGUUCGACCUCCUCGUAGGGGGCGCUGCCAUUGUUGUCGAGAACAUCGAUCUGUUGAUGGCAGAUCCGGAAGCUGUUGCUCCGAUGAAGGCCGGACUCGAGUCACUGAACAGUGCUCCCACCGGUCCAUUACCAAGCAAAAUCGAGGCCGCCCUGACGCGGGCGAACGAAAUCGUCGACAAGGGUGUUCAUGUUCCCGGGGAGCACGACGCAGACGCUCGAGAAGCGGCCUUGAUUCGAGUCCAGAUGUAUCGAACCACCGUCUCUGCGCUUCGCAUGUGCUACGUUGAGGAUUCAAAGGAACUGAUCAAGGGAAUUUGCAUUGCGUUCCCUGGCCUCGCCGGGCAGGGGUUCGCAGGCGAGUUGAAGAGCUCGGAGCCCAUCGCUCUGUUCCUGAUGAUGCAUUGGGGCGUGCUGCUUCACCACCUCGGCAAGACCAUCUGGUGGGCCAAGACCAUCGGCGCAAGAAUGGUGCAAGAAAUUUCAGAGAUGCUUCUUCAGUCGCAAAUUGCACCGCUUUCGGGGACAGAGGAGUUGCGCGACGGGGUCGCCUGGGCGAGGGAGGAGGUUGGGUUGCCACCAUUUGACGAUACGAUGGACCAGGACUAAAAAUAGCCAUGGAUUUAUACAAAACAAAUACCCAUCUCAUUAAUUCAGCUCGAAGUCCCGCUUCUAACU